UUUUCUUUUUUCUUUUUUCUUCUUCUUCUUCUUCUUCUUCUUCUUCUUGUUCUUUGCUCUUUUGAUCCUGCUGUUUGCUUUGCUGCACAAUGACUACGUCUGUGGCCAAGCAGCUCAAGCUCGUUCUCUGGAAGAACUAUGUGCUGCAGAAACGACGCAAGGUCGGCACCAUCGUCGAAUUGCUACUUCCCGUGGUCUUCUUUGCCAUCCUCGUCGUCAUCCGCCAAGUCAUCUCCCAAAGCGAAGAGCCCGCUGAAAUCUUUGGCAGCAUCCCGACUCACCUCACCCCUAUCCAAAUCAUCGACGAUCUCCCGAACAACAGCGGGGCGCGCGCUCAGCUGCUCAAGACAUGCGGCUCCAACUUUAACUACUACCUGUCCAACUUUUACGAGGCCAACGCAUUUGUUGGCUACACGCCCAUCGGAGGCGAUGUGGACCGCGUCAUGCAAGUCCUCGGAAAUGCAACGGGCUUUACCUUCCACGGCUAUGCUAACGUGAACGACAUGAUUUCCGACACUGUGAAUGGACCCAACGCCGACAAUUUUGUUGUUGGUCUUGUCUUUCACGGACUGGGCGCUGGCCACACAUUGCUCAACGAUGUGUCGUACGACAUUCGUUUCCCUCCUGCGGCUGCCGACAACGACAAGAAUACGUGGUACACCAAGAACCAAAAGCCCCAGUUUGCGGACGUGGGUCCCCGCACCGACAACGCCUACUUGUGCUCUGGCUUUUACUUUCUCCAAAGCUUUGUCGACCGCGCCGUCAUGCACAUUUUGACCAACGUGUCGGCUGACAUUGUCUUCCCUGCUGCCAACUUUACGUCGUCGGGCCCGUCGGUCGUCCCACCAGUGCUGUCGUACAUUCAGCAAUUCCCGUACCCCCAGUACAAUGACGAUCCCUUCCAGUUUGCCGUUGCCGGCACGCUGCCGCUCUUCAUGAUUCUGUCGUGGAUGUUCCCCUGCCAGUCGAUCGUCCGUCAGAUUGUGUUCGAAAAGGAGCGCCGCCUUCGUGAGGCCAUGAAGAUGAUGGGCCUCCGCAACUGGGUCAAUUGGCUCGGCUGGUUUAUCAAGAGCUUGAUCUAUCUGACCAUCUCGGUGGUCAUUGUAACCAUCGUUGUCAAGACUGGCGAUAUUUUGCCCAACUCUGACGCCUUCCUCCUUUUCGUCUUCUUCUGGCUCUUUUGCAUCGCAACCAUCUCCUUCUCGUUCUUGAUUAGCGUCUUCUUCCAGCGCGCCAAGAUUGCUGCGGCCUUCGGCACCAUCAUUUACUUUUUCGCCUACGUUCCGUACUUUUUCAUCGAUCCCCGAUACGACGACUUGAGUGCGGGUGUGAAGACGGGCGCUUGCGUGCUUUCAUCCACUUGCGUGGGUAUCGGCGCCACCAUCAUGGCCAGUUUGGAGUCUCAGGGCGUUGGUGCGACCUGGAGCAACCUCCACACGCCCGCCACGGUGGAUGACAACAUUACGCUCGGCACUGUGAUGGGCAUGUUUUUCUUUGACGCCAUCCUGUACCUCGUGCUGGCAUGGUACAUUGAGGGUAUCUACCCUGGCGAGUACGGCAUCCCCCAGCGCUGGUACUUUCCGUUCCAACGCUCGUACUGGUUUGGCUCGGCUCGUUCCUCGAACAAUGUCCCGAUGAGCACGAGCGCUCGCACUCCUCUUCGUGGCUCGUCCGACCAGCUUGAUCAGUCGGAUUCCAUUCCUGCCGACGCCGACCCAAAGAACUUUGAAGCCGAGCCAUCCGGCCUGAAGGCGGGCAUUCGCAUUGACAACCUGACCAAGACGUACGCUGACAAGAAGACGGCCGUGCGCAAUCUGAGCCUCAACAUGUACGAGGGCCAGAUUACGGCCUUGCUUGGCCACAAUGGUGCUGGCAAGACGACGACCAUGUCCAUCAUCACCGGCAUGAUUCCCGCCACCUCCGGCACCGCGUACGUUGACGGCUAUGACAUCACGACCAGCAGCAACCGCGCGCGAGACUCGCUUGGCCUCUGCCCGCAGCACGAUAUUCUCUUUGACUCAAUGACCGUUCACGAGCAUCUCGACUUUUACGCGUCGCUCAAGGGUGUCGACAAGUCGCAGCUCGAGCGCGAAAUCACCGAGAUGAUUAGCGACCUUGGCUUUACGGACAAGACCAACUAUCAGUCGCAGGCUCUUUCUGGCGGAAUGAAGCGCAAGCUCUCGGUUGCCAUUGCUCUCAUUGGUGGCUCGCGCGUUGUCAUUCUCGACGAACCCACUGCCGGCAUGGACCCUUACGCUCGCCGUGCCACUUGGGACUUGCUUUUGCGUCACAAGGCCCGUCGUACCAUCCUGCUGACCACGCACUACAUGGACGAGGCCGACAUUAUGGGCGAUCGCAUCGCCAUCAUGGCUGAAGGCCAGCUCCGCUGCCUUGGCUCCUCCCUCUUCCUCAAGUCGCGCUACGGCAUUGGCUACCACAUGACGCUCGUCAAGGAGCCCCGCUGCAACGUCAAUUCGAUUACUGCCCUCGUCAAGUCGCACGUCGCCUCGGCCGUUCUUGCCACGGAUGUUGGUGCCGAGCUGGCCUACGUGUUGCCGACACGCGAGACGCCCAACUUUGCCAACUUGUUUGCCGAGCUGGAAAAUCGCAAGGUCGAACUUGGCAUUGGCUCGUUUGGCGUGUCCAUUACCACGCUCGAGGAGGUCUUCCUCAAGGUCGGCGAGGGCUUUGACACGACGAUUGAUGAGGUCAAGGAGCAAGAGAAGGCCAAGGCGUCGAAGGACAAGACCCUGGCUGCAGGCGGUGGCUAUGGCUCUGGCAACAGCGAAUGGCGAGGCAGCGGCUCGAACUCUGACCGGGACCUCUUAAUCCCCGUGAACGACAACGGACCGAGCCGCAACGAGUAUGCCACGGGCUUUGCUCUCAAGCGCCAGCAGUUCAAGGCUCUGCUGCGCAAGCGCAUGCUGAUUUCGUACCGCGAAAAGAAGCAAGUCAUCAUGCAGCUCAUCCUCCCCAUGUACUUUGUCCUGAUUGCCCUCGUGUCGGUGCGCUCCUUCCCUCCCAACACAAGCGACCCGUCACUCACGCUCCUGGCCAGCGAUCUCGGCUCGGGUACUGUCUCGCGCUAUGCUUCCGACCAGUCUCUGACAGGUCGCCCCACCGGACACUACUUUGGCUCGUAUCUGCACACUGUUGCCGGCACACAAGUUGUGAACGCGUCCAACAGCUUGCCAUCCGGUACCAGUGAUAUUGCUUCGUACUUUUUCCACCAGACACCCACUGCAAAGGACGUGUCGUACUUUUACGCCCACAACUAUGGCAUGUUGCUCGACUAUGAGGAGGACGCAUCGAACAUUGCGGACAUUGGCUUCCCGCUGGCCGGUACCGCUCAGUACUCGACUGUGCUCUACAACAACAACGCCUACCACACGGGCGCCAUGUUCCUAAACAUUAUGUCGAACGCUCUGCUGAACACGAUUGCCCAAACGCUCGCUGAUGCAGCCGGCACGGUUGCCCCGGCAAUGUCCAUCCGAACCACAAACUACCCCAUGCCGAUGAACGCCCAGGAAGCCGCCUUGCAGGCACAAGACAGUGCCGCGUCCCUCUCCCUCGGCUUCAACGUGCUGUUUGGUCUGUCCUUCCUUGCCUCGUCGUUCAUUCUCUUCCUGGUUCAAGAGCGCGCGUCCAAGGCCAAGCACUUGCAGUUUAUCAGUGGUGUCGAUGCUGUCUCGUACUGGCUGUCCACCUACCUCUGGGACUUGACCAACUACCUCGUGCCCGUCAGUGCCAUCAUGAUUGUCAUUGUCGGCUUCAAGGUGGACGGCUACUCUGGUGAAAAUCUCGCCCUUGCGCUCCUGCUCUUGCUCUUGUACGGCUGGGCCAUUCUGCCAUUCACGUACCUGUUCUCGUUCCUGUUCAAGCUCCCCAUGAACGCCUAUUCGUUUACCGUAUUUGCCUACUCCAUCACGGGCAUUGGCUCGCUGAUCGCGACCUUCAUCUUGGACCAACAGUCGCUCGGCCUUGUCGAUGUGAACGAGAAGCUCAAGUGGGUCUUUUUGCUCCUGCCCAACUACUGUCUUGGCCGCGGCUUUUUGGACAUUUAUCAAAACUACAUGCUGCUCACCAGCUGUGGCAUCAGCCCCAUCGUGGCCGAAAAGUGCCACGAAGCCGGUUUCAACUGGGUGGACUCGAUGUCUGACUGGGCCGAUCCUGGCCUCGCGCGCAAGUUUAUCUUCAUGUUCGUCGAGGGUCUGGUCCUUUUCGUCCUGGUCAUUCUGAUUGAGCUGCGCGUCUUUGUUCCUUCGCGUCUUGUUGCCGGUGCUGGUGUGUCCACCGAGAACGAGGACGCGGACGUUGCUGCCGAGCGCCGUCGCGUCGUUUCUGGAGAGGCCGAACGCAAGGGUGACACUGUUGUCAUCAAGAAUCUGACCAAGCUGUUCAAGACGCAGGGUGCCGCAGCAAAGAAGAACCCGACGCUCGUGGCCGUGAAUGAGCUUUGCGUUGGUAUCCCUGCGGGCGAGUGCUUCGGUCUGCUUGGUGUCAACGGCGCCGGUAAAACAACCACCUUCUGCAUGCUCACCGGCGAUACCAGUGUCUCUUCCGGCAAUGCCAUGAUGGACGGCUUUAGCAUUCUCAACCAGCAGGAAGAGGUCCGUCGCCGCAUCGGCUACUGCCCCCAGUUUGACGCCCUGAUUGAUCUGAUGACUGGUCGCGAGCUCUUGGCGCUGUACGCGCGCCUCCGUGGUGUCCCAGAGAGCGCCGUCCUCCCUCUUGUCGACUCUUUGAUUGAUCGCAUGAACCUGACCAAGCACGCCAAGAAGAACUGCGGCACGUACAGUGGUGGCAACAAGCGCAAGCUGUCCACCGCCCUCGCGCUGAUUGGCGACCCGCCGAUUGUCUUUUUGGACGAAAUGAGCGCCGGCAUUGAUGUGGCUGGUCGCCGCUUCCUCUGGGACUUUAUCUCGAGCAUUAUGCGCAACGGUCGCUCCAUCAUCCUGACCUCGCACAGCAUGGAAGAGUGCGAGGCACUCUGCACACGUCUGGCCAUCAUGGUCAACGGCGAGUUCAAGUGCAUCGGCUCGCCGCAGCACCUCAAGAACCGCUUUGGCUCUGGCUACACGAUGACUGUCAAGCUGCAGCGCGAUCUCUCUGCUGGCGCACGUGAGCCGGACACCUUCCCCGUCAAGCAGUUUGUGCACGAAACCUUCCCCGGCGCUGUUCUCAAGGAGGAGCACCAGGGUGCCCUGCACUACGAGAUUGCGACUCCCGAGCAGUCGGGCAGCUCUGCAGUCAAGUCUCUCUCCUGGGCGUUCAUCUUUUCCAAGAUGGAGGAAGCCAAGCGCAUGUACCCCAUCGAAGACUAUGGCGUGUCCCAAACCUCUCUCGAGCAAGUCUUUAUUGAAUUUGCCAAGCGUCAACGUACAGAGGAUGACGAGUAAAAAAAAGCAAAUGCUAUUCUUUGAUCUCGUGUUGAUUUGGUUUUGUUUGUUUGUUUGUUUGUUUUUGGGUGUGCUUUGAACAACAAAAUGCGUUCAUCUGUUUUCGAUCUGAUCUUGCUUGUAGAUUCACAGGAAUCUGUUGCUCAUGAUUGCUUGACUUCUCACUGGCAAGCUCAACUCUUUGUUUCAGAAGGAGUGUACCUGACUCAGGGCAAGCAACUGUCGGUCGCAUCCAGCAUUGGGCCAACGUACUACAGUAGAUAGUACAGGUGCUGGCUCGUUGCUGAUGGGAUUCUCACGCCUCAGCUGGCGAACGCCAUUUUCAUGGC